AGGAAUGAGAUCGCCGAGUUAGAGCCGAAUUCCGGGUUGCACAUAAAAAGACGAACACAAAUAAUGAUUGCAAUACAUGUGUGUAUAUAUAAUAUUUACUAUUCCCUGUAUCCAAGAAGUCAGCAGGAUAUACAUACAUAAAUACAUAUACACACAGCGGUAACCCUAACUACCGACUAACAGAUUUCUCUUCCAAUCUGUUGAUGCCUGCUGCUCGACGACUUUUAGUUACGGCGUCGUUUAAUUCACACCUGGCUUGUCAAUUGUGAUGCUUUGAGGAUUUUGGUAGCACGAUAAAGGGUUGACAUGGCUAGCGAGAUGGUUAUGGGUGAGGAAAAUGUUAGUGUUUCAGGAGAGGGAGGUUUAGUUGCGGAUCGUGAAUGUGGUGUUGAGAAUUUAUCAGUUUCAAUGCAGUCAUGUGAACCCUUUUGUACAGCUCAAGUUGACUCCUUGGAGAGUUUCGUGGGUGCUUCUGAUACAGUAGGGGCUAAUGCUAUUUCCGGUGCCCUUGAUAAUAUUAGUAUAGCAGAGUCCUCAAGAGAAAAGCAGGAGGAGAAAGAUACUGUUGGUAGUCAGGAUUUUGCUUCUGAGAGUACAGUUCAUGAUGCUAUUUGUUCGUCACUUCGUGCAAGAAAUAGCACUAUUAAUGGGCCACUGUUGAAAACUGAUACUGCAAGGCCUUUGAGAAAGUGCAAGAUGAUAUCUAAUAAAAAAGUUUUUCCGGGUAUUGAGAUAUUAGAGCUUGCAAGGAGGAGGAGGAGUUGUUUCUCCAAUAGACCUCGUGUAUCUGAUUGGGGAUCACUAGAAACUAUUGGACACGUUUUUAAUGUGUUUGAAGAUGCUAAUUUGGAUCAAAUUGAGCAGAAAGAAUCAAGAAAAUGUAGUGGUAGUAAGGGAGAGACUAAACGAAAGAAUAAUCGGAGACGCACAAAUUCUCUCGGGACUAAAAAAGAAAUUCCUGCUUCAACUGGUGGCAUCCGUUUGACAGUCACAUUUGGCGAUAUCAUUCCCGGUGUUGUUGAUGAUCAUAAAAGUUCUUCUGGUAUGCAGAUUAUAUCUCCUAAAUAUAAUAAAGAUUUUGAGAAGAAGUUUGAGGAAGGGACUUCUGGUACCCUUGAUGGUCAUGGCGGAAUUGGUGCCCAGACACAGGUUGGUCUAUCGGAAGAAGCAGUAGGAAGCAGGUGCUUAGAUCCUGGGACUUCACCUGAUUCAGAAGUUAUAAACCUAAUUGCGGAGAGCCAAACUGAUGAAAAAGUUGCCGAGGACGAUAUCUUAAACAAGAGAUCUUGUGUUAGUGGAGAGAUCUCAAGUUUAAGUCUACCCAAAACAUUUAGUAGGAAAGGAAAGAAGAAAAAUGAGCCCUCCCAGGAUGAUAAGGGAAGUGUUAAUGAUGAACCUUCGAGUCCGGAAAUUAUAGACGAUACUGGAGUAGCUGACCAACAUAGGCACAUGGAGAGGACAGAUAACGGUUUCUCGACCAAAGAUUCUGUGUCAAUUACAACCGGUAAUAUAACUUCUAAAACUUCUAGUGCCGGUGUAUGCUUUACGGAUACCCCCUUGCAACCAUAUGGAGUGUCCUCCUCUGGAGUCCUGCCAAAAACAUUUGAAGUUGAAAAUUGUUUGGGAGGAGGCUUAUGUUCUCCAGCAGGGUUUCAACUUGAGACACUGGAGAAGUGUAAUUCAUUUACUGAACCAAGGGAUCAUGAAAAUAGCGAAAACUCAAGAUCUCCCGGGAGCAGGUUGGAAUUCUCUGAAGCAAAGUCUCUAAUAGGAAAUUCCUAUGUCCAGAAGGGAGACCAGUUUAACCUCAAAGCCAGGGAAACAUCUGAUCCUGUUCAGGCUGUACAUAUGAUCGACAAUUAUUCAAAAACAGGAAGUCACACAUUUACUUAUCACGGAGAACUCAAAACUGGAUGCAGCAUAACUCCAGAUACAACUAGCUUAAAAAUGAAUGGGGUAGGAGAUGAACAAUCACCACCACGGAAUGCUUGGGUGAGUUGUGACAAUUGCUAUAAAUGGAGGCGUAUUCCAGCUCUGCUUGCAGAUUCCAUUGAAGACACAAAAAGUAGUUGGACCUGUAAGGACAACGUGGAUGAAGAAUUUUCUGAUUGCUCAAUUCCCCAAGAGAAAUCAAAUGCAGAAAUCAAUGCAGAGUUGGACUUAUCCGAUGCAUCUUGUGAAGAUGAGGCUGGUGCUUCCCUCCAUAAGCCCAGUGGACCGGAGAAAAAGAAAUUAACAGCUUCUAAACAGUCGACUUGGAAGCUUAUCAGAUUGAACCAUUUCCUGCAUCGUGCCCGUAGAACACAAACAAUAGAUGAGAUAAUGGUUUGUCACUGCAAAGCACCUGUAGGAGGUCGAAUGGGCUGUGGAAAUGGAUGCCUGAAUCGGAUGCUUAACAUUGAAUGUGUAAAAGGAACGUGUCCAUGUGGUGAACUUUGUUCAAACAACCAAUUCCAGAAAAGGAAGUAUGCAAAACUGAAGUGCUUUCGAAGUGGAAAGAAGGGCUACGGGCUUCAGUUAUUAGAAGACAUUCAUGAGGGGCAGUUUCUUAUUGAAUAUGUUGGAGAGGUGCUUGAUAUGCAUGCUUAUGAGGAUCGGCAAAAGGAGUAUGCUUUGGAUGGGCAUAAGCAUUUUUACUUCAUGACAUUGAAUGGCAGUGAGGUAAUAGAUGCAUGCGCCAAAGGGAAUUUGGGUCGUUUUAUUAACCAUAGCUGUGAACCAAAUUGCCGUACAGAGAAGUGGAUGGUGAAUGGGGAAGUUUGUGUUGGACUCUUUGCACUGAAAGAUAUUAAAAAGGGUGAAGAGGUGACAUUUGAUUAUAAUUACGUACGGGUUUUUGGAGCUGCUGCCAAAAAAUGUGUGUGUGGUUCAUCUCUGUGUCGGGGCUAUAUAGGUGGUGAUCCUUCAAGUGGUGAGAUUAUUGUCCAAGAUGAUUCAGAUGAAGAAAAUCUGGAAUCAGUUAUUGUCUGUGAAGAUAGUGAUGAUUAUUUGGACGCUACGGUUUCUGCAAGCAGUUUUGUUGAAGUUACAGAUACACGUAUUGCUGAGAAAGAUGUACUUGGCAACAAUGCAAGGGCUAUUGAGCAUUCGGAGGGUACAGAAAAGAUGCAUGCUUCGUAUAGUUUAUCAAAGCAAAGGAAAGAAACCAAUGUUGACAACAGUGCUGCUGGAUGUAUGGUGAUGUCCUCUAGCAUUGAAGAAUCUACACAAGAAACUUCUUCUGGUGACACGGAUCUUAAAAGUGUUGCAGAAAUGGAUGGCAUGAUAAGAUUACCGGCAUCCGUGCAAGCUAUGGAUACUUUCAUGCAACUGGCUGAUAGAAAAAAAAAGAUCUUAGCUGUAGCUCCACCAGAGCCCUGUCUAGCUGAAGAAGAAUCAAGCAAAUCUUUAAGCACCACACAGAGCUUUGAGUUAUCAACAACAAAAUUGAGCAGAUCGUCAGUUGAUAAAUCUAGUAGUCGGAGGAAGCUAAAGGAUGAUCUCAGGGAAGACAGGAGUGUAAUUACAGCUUCACAUCCCAAUGCAAAAACUUCUCACACAACAUCUUCUCUUAAAAAAGUAAAACCUCGAAAGAGUGACUUGCUUUCAAAAAAUUCUGCAGAGAGGGGAAAUAAAUUACAUCCGUUACCUUACAGAUCAAGAAAGACUGUAGACAGUUCCUCAAGCGAUCCAUUUGAAGCAGUUCAGGUGAAGCUUAAUGAGCUGUUAGAUUCUGAAGGGGGAAUAAGCAAAAGGAAAGAUGCAUCAAGGGGGUACCUGAAGCUUCUUUUCUUAACUGCUGCUUCUGGAGGUAGUGGCAAUGGAGAAGCAAUCCAAAGCAACCGAGAUCUGUCUAUGAUUCUUGAUGCACUGUUGAAAACAAAGUCUCGAACUGUUUUGGCUGAUGUAAUCAACAAAAAUGGUUUGCAGAUGUUGCACAACAUAAUGAAGCGGUGCAGAAAAGAGUUUCAUAAGAUCCCAAUUCUCAGAAAGCUUCUUAAGGUCCUGCAGUACCUGGCUCUGAGGGAGAUACUUACCCCAGAACAUAUCACUAGUGGUCCACAUUGUGCUGGGGUGGAGAGUUUUAGGGAGUCAAUAUUGUCAUUGACGGAGCAUGAUGACAAACAGGUCCAUCAAAUUACACGCAAUUUUCGAGAUAGGUGGAUCCCGCGUCCAAUUAGGAAGAACAGUUACAUGGACAGAGACAGUGGUAAGCUGGAUUUUAAUAGGGUGGCCUCAAACUCCAGCAGGUUAUCACCACUACAAAGUCAGUCAUCUGAUUCAGGCGCAAGACAUCCUGAAUCAGUAGAAUGCAUCAAGCAACCAAGAAGCUCAAAUAUUAAUCGUGAAAAUACAGACGGCUGCUCUGCUUUAUGUAGUAGUGAAUUUGUUGCUGAUGGAGCAAGAGUCCAAAAACGUAGAAGUCGAUGGAAUGAGGCAGAAGACUCAAACCGUGGUAAAUAUGCUCCCCUGCAUAAAGAACCAAGGAUUCAUUCUGAAUCUGUACAAGUUUCACAUAUUAGCCUGCUUUAUGGGAAUAGUGGAGUGCCAUCUGACCAGGCUGCUAUUAUAAAUGAGGAAAAGCAUAACAAUCUAUAUGUAAAUCGUUCCCCCAAUAGGAUGACUAUUAAAUAUCUAGAUAACAACGAGCAAAGCAUUGAUGAGGAUGUACCUCCUGGUUUUUCUCCUCCUCAUAAAGCUUCUUUUGUGCCAUCUAGUGCUUCUUCAACUGCCUCAACUUUUUGCCAAGAGAAGUGCUUGUUCCCAGAGUACCCUUUUGAAGUGACGGUGGGCCAUCCACAGGAGAGAUUUGUUUCAAGGUCCCCUGUUUCAUUUGGGAUUCCAAUGCAUGCGGUGGAGCAUUUUGGUAGACAAGGUGAAAUAGCUGAGAAUUGGUUUGUAGCAGCUGGGAUUCCUUUCCACCCUUAUCCACCACUACCUCCGUAUCCCCGUGAUAGGCGAGGCCCUGCACCUGCUUUAAGUUCUAUGAUAUUGAACUCUGUUCCAGUAAUUGGGGAGGGUUUUCAAAAUAAUGCCACUUAUCAAUCGGAUCAGAUUACUUUCAGCACAUCUGCUUCUUGCAUGCCGGAUUUGGAACUUUCAGCUCCCGUGAAGCAGCACCAUUUUCAAGGAACAGGGGGUGCCUCUAAUAGGUUGGAAAGGAGAUACUUCAGGCAGCAAAAGUGGAUCAAUACAAAAUCAAGGCCUCCCUGGGUCCGGGGUGAAGCUGGUAGGGGAAACUUUGGGAACAUUUAAAGAUAUGGAUUCAGUUUUGUAGGCAUAUGAACCGGAGCAAACGUUCUGAAAAGUCCAUCUAUCCCAAAUCAGAUACAUAUGGGAGUAGGGCGUUGUGGGAAUAUAUUUUAGCAACAUCUGCAGCACCAAAAUUUGCCUUUAACUAUUAAACUCUAGAUACAUCCUCUCCAUUUUCUGUUUGUACUUCCUAUUCUUUAUUUAUUACUCAAACUGGAAUCUACGGUACAAUGCGGUACUGCCUUGAGUCCCAGCAUUCUAUAGGUUGGGAAAGCAAUUAUUCUGAUUAUGUUGUGUCAUGGGCUGGACUUUCAUACAUGAUACCUCAAAGAGGUAAGCAAUAUGUUGUUUUUUUUAAAAAAAUUUAUUUAAUAAAUUUGUCAAUCUUUCAUCAUU